AUGGCGCUUUUCGGCGAGGAUUAUUUCACGAUGCUCUCCCAGACCGCCCCGUUCGAUCUACAGAGCCAACUUAACGCACUGCCCGACGAGACCAUAUACCUUGUGGAUGCAUUCCUCAGAUUCGUCCUCGGCGGAUCAUGUCCCCCUCAUUUAACCGACAACACUCGUUCCGCCUGGGAAUCCGCGCAGAAAACCGCCGCUGAGCUGGUAGAGACACUGAUCAGCACCUCGCCAGGGAAGACGAAUGGCACCGACAGCCGGAAACGUGCGCGCGACGACGAUGACACUGCCGCUUCCUCCUCCAGCUCGCAGCCUAAACGUGCAAAAACCUCCGAGGAAAGCGAGCCCCCCUCCGACGAUCCCCCGCUCUUCACUCUCCACGCGCUCUCGCUGACCUCGCCCAUCCGCAAGAAAGCUGACAUCACGAUCCACCAGAACACCCUCCGCCUGACGAAUCUUACUACCCAUGCGAUCGAGUACUCACCGAUGCCGCUUUCCGCGUUCCGGCGCGCGUUCCUCCUCCCCACGCGCGGCAAGACCAAGCCGCAUUGGAGCGUCGUGCUCAUGCCGAGUGACGUCCCUGCCGCGGGCAGCAAGGUCGAGCGAGAGAAGGAGCCCGCCCCUCCCGUCGUGUUCGGCCUCGAUGCGACACCUGCAGGGCUCAGCACGACCGCCCACCACGCUGCGCCCGCACCACAGACGACUGCGCAUCCCAAAGGCACGUCCGCGCUCCCGCUGCUGCGCAGCUUCCUCUCCUUCCUCCCCAUUCCGACGCUCGAGCCGUCCACAGACGUGUUUCGGAGCGCGCUGCCCGGCGGGUCAGCCGCCGGCGCUGGAGAGGGAAUCGCGGGCGUGGAGGCGUAUCGCGGCGCGAAGCCGGGGACGUUGUGGUUCCUGAGCGAGGGCGUGCUGUGGGACGGGAAGCCGGCGGAGUUUUUCGCUCUGAAGGAUAUUGCGAAGACUGAGGGAGAGGGCGAGAGCAAGGUGGAGGGAGUGAGGACGAUCAGUGCCACGGGAAAAACGUGCUCGGUAAUUUUGAGGAGGGUGGAGGGUACAAAGAUGGUCGAGGGUGAGGGUGAGGGCGAGGACGAGGAGCCGAGGGUGGUCGAGGUGGACUUCGGAAUGAUCGAUGGAAAGGAGCAGGAGAGCAUCGCGCGGUGGGUAAAGCGGCACAAAUAUCUUUUCAGCCGGCAGAGCAUUCCAGAGAGUCGGACGGACGAGAAUGGUGGUGCUACUGCAGCGACUGCCAGCGCUGCUCCUGCGGUGGAUGAAGAUGACGAAGACGAAAACGAUUCGGACUUUGUCGCUGACUCAGGAUCGGACUAUGGCUCUGCGACGAGCGAUUCUGAGUCCGAGGACGAGUCUGGCGAUGUGGAGGGUGCGCAGGAGGGUGGGGAUGAAGUGGGGGUAGAGGCAGAGGCAGAAGAGAGUGAGGAUGAAGAGGCAGAGCUCGAGCCCAAACAUCACCCUCUCCUUCGUCCGGGCGCGAUGCCGCGCAUGUCCCGCGCUGCUAUCGAAGCUGCUGUUGAUAUUGUACAGUCGGGUCUUGCGGGUGGAUCGAAGGAUGCGAGAGAAGCGUCCGUGGCUGACGACGAGCAGGAGGAUGAGCUGGAUGAAUGA